AUGCGGGGUGAUUUCACGCUCUCCUUGGUGUGGCGAAUCCUACCCAAGGACACCCUGGAGGCCGUCCUCGUUGGCCUGUGCGGCCCGACCGAAGACGAGAGCGCCCAGACAGCCGGCGGGUGGAUCGGGGGCCCGAGCGGCGGAGGCAAUGGCACCGGCACCAAUGCGGCGGCGGGCCGGCGGCUCUACGCGGCGGGGUCGUCGUUGCGGUGCGUGUGGACUGAGCUGACUGUGCCGGUGAUGACCACUGCGCUCAACCUGAAGCCGGCGUUGUCGGACAGGGCAAUCGCGGCCCUGGUUCGCGGGGUGGAGGCUGCCGCCGAGCGGGCGGCGCUGCAGAAAUCGCUCAAGUUCACGACCUUGAUCCACAGCCUGGUGACGCGCUACGGCCCCCAGCUGAAGCCUCACGUGCCCGUGCUGCGAACCGCUGUUGGACGCUGCUCUACCUUCAUGGUAAAGGCUGUGCUUGCGGCCUUGCAACGGCUGGAAAAAUAGAUAUUUCGGGGAUGGGAAAGCACCCACCGUUUCGUGUCAUGAUGCUUGGGGGGUUUGUCACCGCUCCUGGUGUUUUGGGGCGUUCGAAACACCGCAGCUUUGGGCUCGACAGCAAUGCAGUUUUUGGCGCGACUGUGCGGCCAACCAAAUGGUGCAUGCGCGCGCGACCGGGCCGGCGAUUUGUUGCGGGCACUGGCACCCGCACACGAAAUCAUGUCGAGAAUAUCACAUGUCUCUCGCGAAGUGCUUGUCCUCCGGGGAUUUACGAAACUCAACGUUUAUGAGUCAUCGCUGCGAGGGUGUUUGUUGGGAAUGAGAAGUGCACGAGCGGCCCCAGGGACAGCAUGGUACUAAAAGCCGACGCAGGUGUAUACGGAUGUACCUGCUGCGGCACGUACGUGUUGCAAGGAGGCCUGGGGCGGAGGUGGCGUGUCGAUGGG